CGUCAAUCCGCCUCGCAGUCCUGGCCCCCUCUUUGCCUCUCCCACUCGCCAAUGGGGUCGCCCCGUGAAAUGCCUCUUGUGUCGAGUUUGCUAAUCUGAAUCACCCCAAUCCCUAUCCUGCAGACGCGAUGCUGGAGUGGAUCAAGGGGCAGAACGAGCAGUUCGCAGACGGCUCAACGGUCCUGGAGCCACCCGAGACUCCUGCGCCCGUCUUUGCCAUUCGCGCAUUCAAGAGCGCCCUCUUUGGAACCCCGGCCGCGGACGACGAAGAAAACGCCCGCCGCCAGCAGAACCCGAAGAAUCUGACCGCCAAUCCCCGUCUGGGUGCCGGUGAUUUGCGGAAGCCCCUUGCGACCGGAGGCGCAAGAGAUGCUCCCAGGCUUACCGCGGCGGAUGUUGAUACGGCUGUGAAUGCCAUGGCGUCUCCGACGAAGAGUAUCCUUGUCACCCCCGGCACCGCAUCCAACCGGCGAAAGACCGUCUCCUUCGGUGAGAGCGUCGUCGAUAACGAACGGAAGCGAGACGAGCCAUCCACCAAGUCCUCCAAAACCCCGACUAUCUCGCCCGGCAAUAUCAGUAGCCAAUGGUCAUCCGGCUCGUCGGACAAAUCGAAACCACGCAGCAAACUCACGCAGGCCUUGAUGGAUUCCCGCGAAAAGUCUCCCGGCGGCUCAGAAGUGGGUUCGUCACAGCAGGUUGACCUUCCAGCGGCGGAAUCGAAAGCCAUGACGCCGUCCGGUGAAGAGGAGAGCAACGACGACACGGUUAACCUGAACGAGCCUCGCUCUCAAUCGGGGAAAUAUUGGAAGGCUGAAUUCGACAGCUAUCGAACCAAAACUACUCGCGAAAUCCGGAAGUUGAUCCAAUAUCGCUCGGCGGCCAAGUCAUACGCCAGAAAGAAGGAUGAGGAGGCCGUGCGGCUGGCCGAAAAACUGAAGGAGGAAGAGGUCAAGGUUUCGGAGAUGGAACGCCACGUAACCCAGCUCGCUUCUACGAUGGUGACCGAAAAAUCCCAUGCCGACAAAGAGAAAUUGGUGCAGGAACUCACCAAGCAGACGGCCUUGGCCCUACAAUACAAACAUCGCGUCGGCUUAUUGCGCAAGCUUCUCGAACGGCACGGUGUGGUUGGGGAUGAUAUCCCAGGAUCGCCUGUUGUCAGCGAUGCCCCGGCGGACACAUCGUCGCAAGAGCUUCGCAAAACCCAGCAGGAACUGGGUCAGGCCAAUGCACAGAUCGAGGAGAUGAAAAAGCAGCAAUCCGAGUUCACCAACUUGAAGAAUCUAGCCCAGAGCUCCGAGCAGAAGGCGUCGGAGCUUGAAAAAGAAAACGCGCUGCUUAAACAAACCCUGGCGCGGGUGAAGCAGGAGAUGGUCAAAUAUGAGGGACGGCGCAAAGACAAGGAAGCCAAGCUCAAGCAAAGAGAGUCUAAACUGGAGACACGGAUCCAAGAAUACCGAGAGCGAUUCCGGACUGCUUCCCAACAGCACCGCGAGCUGGAAGACGACCUCAAGGCGUCGUUCAAUGAGGAGCGCCGUCAAAUGCAGGAGCAAAUCGACCUGCUGAAUCUGAAAGUCACCACUCUCGAACGGCUGCCCGAACUUCGAGCCCGGACCCGCCCUUCAGAUAGCCCUCGCAAAAGCUACCCGGGCGUCCAGGUGCAUGACUUCGCGCAUAAAAGCCCCCAGAAAACCCACCACCAACACGACGAGACGACCGACGUUGACGAACCGCCCAGUCCCAGUCCCCGAGCUAAGGAUCGACGCUCUCUCGGUCCUCGAACGGCACUGGGUGAACUGGAUGUGAAAAUGGCCAGCAAGGCUCUGGGUCUUCACGAAGACGACGACACCCACAAUGACGAAUCGUUGAAUAUAGGACACUCCCCGCGCAAGACGCCCGGAAUCCACCUUCAGGAGGGCGAGGAAGCCGUUCCAGCAUCCUCCCCCCCCGACGUCCAACCCUUAGAAUCUAUUACCCGACCUCGUACUACCAAACAGAAAUACAACCCAGACAGCUACCGCUCGUACCUCCCUUCCCAUACAACCAUGACUUCCCUGGCCCAUCACCUGGCCUCCAUGGACGAAAGCCAACAAGUCCGCACCGAGCGUCUGCGCCCCCGUCGCUCUACAAAAUUCAGCCUCGACGCAUUAUCCGGUCUCCCAGAAACCCAUCAUCUCGUCGAUCGAUCGCGGAAACGCCAGAGUCUCAGCGCCCUCCAAAAGGGCUCGAUACCCAUCGACCGCAUGAUCGCCGCGCAGGCACGAAUUAAACGCCGCGACGAACAUCGAAAGAUCAAAGAUGACGGCAAAGAGAAUAUCCGGGCCUACAGCACCAAUCAUUGAUUUCGCUCCGUCCAUGCCUUUUUCCUUCCCUUAUUUCAAUCCCUGAUAGCCUAUACGUUCAUUCCAUGGGCUCUGGAGGUGUCAUGCAUCGUCUUUCUUGCUUUCCGUCUUUGGCCCUGUCUGUUCUCUUUCAUCUCUUUCGCUCAUUUAUUCGGUUGGCAUCGGCGUAGUAGGAACGG